UAUAAAAGACGAAAACCGAGUCUUUGUCAAUUUCAUUCCUCCUCGACGAUGCGGUUCCAAUCAGCGAUCGUCAUGAAGGCUAUCAUCAUGUUGACUGCAGUACUGGUCAUCGUCUCUGCCGGGUAUUCUUCCGAGGAAGAUUCCUACGUUGCCGCGGCUGAAAGAUUUAAGUGGCAGACCGCAAGCGAUUUCGGCAACACCAAACCGUUUGACCAGGCGAAACCGAAUUCUCCUGAAAAGGGAAAUAACAAAAGAGGUCCGCCCUAUGCCAGCACUUUCUUCGCUGCCUACCGAAAGAAAGUGAUAGGCCAGCACGAGAAUAAGCGAGAAGAGCCUUCUGACUUUGAUUACCUGAAAGACGUUCCCAAACAAUCGGCGUACAACCCUAUCAGUUAUUCGACAUAUUUGCAACAGAAUGCUAAACAGGCCGAUUACGUCAUCGGCACUUCGUACAACUCCUAUUAAAAAUUGCAUCGUUCUUUUUUAAACAAACUCCCGUCGUCUAGACUAAACAAACCUGAAACAAACAACUGGGCAAUUAGUCCGACACGACCGCAGUCGACUUGUUACGCAAUACCAAAAUCAUCAGUCGUCCAUGCAGAGCUGAAUGGACGUUUUCCUAAACGACCACGGGGAGGAUGUAUAGCCUUAAAUAAAGCGAAAAUGUUUACGAUGCCACUCAUCACUUUCCAUUUAAUUCUCACGUAUUUGUGUAUCAAAAAUGAUCUUACUUGUUAUCUAUCUCUUUCCCUCGCAAUUUCUUUUUUUUUUCAUAUGACGGGGGGCCUCUAAUAAUUAUUUAUUGAUUGUAUAAUAGAUGGCCAAAACAUAUAAAGGCAUAAGAAAAUCAUUUUAUUAUUGA